GCGAGUUCUCACAACGCCGGAUACACAAGUUUACCGAUUUCUGUUCGGAGAAGUUCGCCGUCGCUGGGAUUGAAACAUGGGGAAACAGGUUUUAUCUCACACUGAGUGUGAGAGUUGGAAGAGCGCGUGAGCAGAGUGAGAGAGAGUGAGAGAGAGUGAGAGAUGAGGAGCAGCUGGGUGAGACUGAGACUCAGUGCCCCGGACUUCGCCGUCCUGCUUCUCCCACUGCAGCUCUGCUUACUGGCACCGCAAGCAGUCUUGGUGCUUGCCAGCAGAGUGAUGGAGGAGGAAUGCCCGCUGGGCCAGUUUCCCUGUGGAAAUACAAGCAUGUGCCUACCACAGGUGCUUCAGUGCAACGGUCACAGGGACUGUGAGAAUGGAGCAGAUGAGGAUCAUUGUGGUGAUAACAGUGGAUGGGCUGACAUCUUUGACCGAACCAUUGCGAAGAAAGCUGAACCACAGGACCUCACAGAUGUCUGCUCUCUUCAGCAGUAUCCCGAGAGCUGUGACUGCACCAAGACAGAAGUGGAAUGCGUGGGGGUAAACUUGCACAUCGUGCCUCCCCUCUCCUCUAACGUGACUUGGCUGUCCCUGAAGAGCAAUGACCUGAGAGAGCUUCCUGACGAUGUCUUCUCUAAAUAUACUGACCUGCAGCGACUGUUUCUGCAGAACAACAGCAUUCAGACAGUGUCCAGCCGUGCAUUCAGUGGCUUAUUCAGACUGAGAAAGUUGUUUAUUAGUCAGAACAACAUCACUUCUUUGGGACCCGAUGUAUUCAGCGAUCUCGAUAAACUGCAGUGGCUAGUCCUGGACCACAACCCUCUGAGGAGCAUCUCCUACGAUAUUUUCAUCGGUCUCAAGUCAUUAAUAUUUCUGUCCAUGGUGAACACAUCCCUGGUACAGCUGUCUGAGCUAAGCCUCUGCGACUACAUGCCUCUACUCAGCUGGGUGGAUUUUGCUGAGAACCACAUCAAGAUGCUAAACCCCUCCACUCUGAUGACCUGUAGUGAGCUCACAGUACUAUCAUUGCGUGACAACAAAAUCAGGACUCUUCCUGAAAACACUUUUCAGUCACUCGGAGCCCUGGCAGAGCUGGACUUGUCCUGCAACAGGAUUGCAGACCUGCCCACCAACAUUUUUAAAAAUUCUAAAUCACUAUUGAAACUAAAUAUAUCCCACAAUCCUUUGCUUCAUAUUCAUGCUGGACAUUUUGUUCAUCUGGUUCAGCUUGAGUCUUUGGGAUUGGAGGACAUUGAGAUUCCAAAUAUACAAACGAAGAUGUUCCUUCCAAUGGACAGACUGUCUUAUAUAUACUUUAAGGAUUUUCAAUACUGUUCCUAUGCACCGCAUGUGCGCAAGUGCAAACCCAACACAGAUGGGAUCUCAUCAUUUGAAGAUCUAUUGGCCAAUGGGAUCCUAAGAGUGUCAGUCUGGGUCAUGGCCUUCUUUACCUGCUUUGGAAAUCUUUUUGUUAUUGGAAUGCGUUCAUGCAUUCGUGCAGAGAACAACCUGCAUGCAGUGUGCAUCAAAGUCCUGUGCUGUGCAGACUGUCUGAUGGGUGUCUAUUUGUUCUUUUUGGGUAUAUUUGAUGUGAAGUUCCGCGGCGAAUACAAUCGCAAUGCAUUGCUGUGGAUGGAGAGCCUGGAAUGCAGCACCAUCGGCUUCAUGGCCAUGCUGUCUUCCGAGGUGUCUGUACUCCUCCUCACUUACCUGACCCUGGAGAAGUUUCUGGUCAUUGUGUUUCCCUUUAGUCAUCUGCGACCUGGAAAGCUGCAGACUGGUGUGGUGCUGGUCUCCAUUUGGAUGUUAGGAUUGCUUAUAGCUGGUGUUCCGCUGCUCAGUGACGACCUUUUCGGCAACUACUAUGGACGCAAUGGAGUCUGUUUCCCCCUGCAUUCUGAUAGGCUGGAGAAGCCCAUUGCUAAGGCAUACUCAACAGGAAUAUUCCUUGGACUGAACCUGCUGGCUUUCCUGGUCAUUGUCUUCUGCUACUCCAGUAUGUUCUACUCCAUCUACAAAACUGGUAUCAACUCCACAGAUGUGCGUACUCGCUUACACAAAGAUGUGACUGUGGCCAAUCGCUUUUUCUUCAUUGUGUUCUCUGAUGCCCUCUGCUGGAUUCCAAUAUUCCUGGUCAAAAUACUUUCCCUCCUGAAGAUGGAGAUACCAGGCACUAUAAAUUCAUGGGUAGUGAUCUUCAUCCUGCCCAUCAACAGCGCCUUGAAUCCCAUUCUCUACACUCUGACCACCAGCUUCUUCAGGGAGCAGGUGGAGCUGUUACUGUGCCGCUGGCAACGCAGGUCAUCAUUAAUGAAGGACCGCAAGAGCCUAACCAGCACCACAAUCUACAUGGAACCCUCCAGGCAGGGGUUCUUCCAUUCAAAAGGCAAACUGUCACAGAUGUCCUAUCCAGACAUGGAUGCCCAGUAUGGCUGAUGGAACAGAAAAGUGCUGAACUCAUCACUAAUACUCAGUUCAUAUUUAAAUUGAAGUAUGUACACCAAAAGGCGCAAGAGGGGAAUUAUGGUUUUGAUGUGGGCCCUAUACAACAGCAGGGCUCUAGAUUAUUUUGUCUCAGUUAGGAGAAUGAAUGCAGAAUUUCUCAAAGCGAAAGAGAAAAACCUCACACAUAAGCAUCUUCAAGCUAGAGCUAAAGAAACUGGUUAGUAGAAAGACUGAUGCUUCUAUAACAUCUUUUAUUCAAUCAUGAAUGGAAAAAUGCUUCAUUUUCUAGUGUAAAAAGGAGAUUAUUUAAGAUAAGAUACUGUAAGUUAAAUCUUUAUUAAUCCUGAGGGAAAUUGCAGCUCUGCAGCAGCACAAAAUAACAGAAAAAAAAUACACAUGUACUUUGGGGGAAACAAAAACAAAUGAGAAUAUAAUACAAUAAAAUAAACCAAGUACAGAAAUGUAUUAUAUAUACACUUGUACCAGGAAGUAGUACGUCUUAAGAAGAUAUUUGUGCAAAUAUUUGGCAUACUGUGUGUAAGAUUGUCCAGCACCUGCGAGAAUAAACAUAUACUGUAUACAGUGGCAA